GAUGAUGAUGAUGAUGAUGAUGAUGAUGAUGAUGAUGAUGAUGAUGAUGAUGAUGAUGAUGAUGGCCGCAAUGAUUAG